AUGGCGUUGAAAGCUGAACUGUUGGAGAAGGAGAAGCGCCAAACCAACUUCCGCAAGAACACGACAGAAGCCUCUGAAUAUGCUACUGGUGCUUCUAAUGGCUCAGGAGAUAAGGGGAAAGUGCAGCAGCAGAAUCCUGGAGGAUCGCCAAAACCAACAACAGUUGGCCAAAACAAAAACUUCAACGAAGGCAGCAGCCGGACUUUCAACAGAGGGCAGUCCCGAUAUCAGUCCCAGAAUCCGUAUGCUAAGCCCAUGACGGACAUAUGUUACCGUUGCCAAAAACCAGGGCAUCGUUCCAAUGUUUGUCCAGAGUGGAGGCAGGCUAACGUUAUCGAAGAAGUCGAUGAUGAUGAGGAAAGAGAUAGAGUUCUUUUGGCACCAAAGGAGGAAGGGCAGCGUCAUAGUAUUUUUCGUUCCCUCUGCUCAAUCAAAAACAAGGUAUGUGAUGUGAUCGUCGACAAUGGAAGUUGCGAGAAUUUCGUGUCAAAGAAAUUGGUAGAGCAUUUGCAGCUAUCAACGGAGCCACAUGUCAGCCCUUACUCACUAGGUUGGGUUACGAAAGGCCCUUCGGUUCGUGUUGCUGAGACUUGCCGUGUGCCGUUGUCCAUUGGUAAGCAUUACAGAGAUUAUGUGGAUGCGACUUUCAAGGGACGAGAUAAUGUAAUUCUGUUUUCUUUGAACAACCGCAAAAUUGCAAUGGCAACUACAAAGCCCUCAAAACAAUCUGUUGAGCCCAAGACGAGGAGUUCUAGUUUCUUAACCCUAAUUAGCAACGAGCAGGAGUUGAACGAGGCUGUCAAGGAAGCGGAAGGAGGAGAAAGUGACAUUCCACAAGACGUGCAGCAGAUUUUGUCACAAUUUCAGGAACUACUUUCUGAAAAGUUGCCAAAUGAGUUACCACCUAUGCGGGACAUACAACACCGAAUCGACUUGGUGCCUGGAGCUAGCCUUCCGAAUCUGCCCCAUUAUCGGAUGAGCCCCAAGGAGAAUGACAUCCUAAGAGAGCAGAUUGAAGAAUUACUGCAGAAGGGAUUUAUCAGGGAGAGCUUGAGUCCCUACGCAAUUCCAGUUUUGUUGGUUCCAAAGAAAGACAAAACUUGGCGAAUGUGUGUUGAUAGCCGAGCAAUCAACAAGAUAACAGUCAAGUACAGGUUUCCCAUUCCACGGUUGGAGGAUAUGCUGGAUGUUCUUGGCGGCUCAAGGGUGUUUUCCAAGAUAGAUUUGCGAAGCGGUUACCACCAGAUUCGCAUCAGACCUGGCGACAAAUGGAAAACAGAGUUCAAGAGUAAGGACGAAUUAUUUGAAUGGUUGGUGAUGCCAUUCAGAUUGUCUAAUGCGCCUAGCACUUUCAUGAGACUCAUGAAUCAGCACCACAAAAGAAGAACAUCUUGUGCAUUUGGGACAAAUCUUAGAUGUUUUGAGAGAAAACAAGCUGUAGAUGACAAGAAGAUCAAGGCAAUCCUUGACUGGCCAGCUCCAAAGACAAUCUCUGAAGUUCGAAGUUUCCAUGGUUUGGCCACCUUUUACAGAAGAUUUGUGAGGCAUUUCAGCUCCAUUGUUGCACCUAUCACAGAGUGUUUGAAGAAAGGCCGGUUCAGCUGGGGAGAGGAGCAAGAGAGAAGCUUUGCAGAUAUAAAAGAAAAGCUUUGCACCGCGCCGGUUCUAGCUCUUCCAAACUUUGAGAAAGUAUUCGAAGUUGAGUGUAAUGCCAGCGGCGUGGGAGUCGGAGCUGUGCUUUCACAAGACAAGGGGCCAAUUGCAUUCUUUUCUGAAAAGCUGAGCGAUGCACGUCAAAAGUGGAGCACUUAUGACCAAGAGUUCUAUGCGGUGGUUCGAGCUUUGAAGCAAUGA